AUGCUAUCUGGCACCUCUCAUCUUCCCCGCCCAGGACGGCCACGGUCCACCACCCGCUUUACCCGCUUCACUGGUCUUGCAAGCGGCGUCAUCUUCUUCUUUCUCUUUGUCAUCACAUUCUCACAAAUUAUCAGCAUCCUUCUAUCAUUCUCCCGCGCAUCCUGGAAAUCCGAUAUCCAGACUCUUCUCAUUACCUGGCCGCGAACCCACGGCAGCUACCCCACCUCAUUCACACGCGACGUCCUUCCCCGCCCGAUUCACAGCCAUAACGACUACUGGCGACAGGUCCCUCUCUUCUCUGCCAUUGCUUCCGGCUGCAUCAGUGUAGAAGCCGAUGUCUGGGAGUUCUCUGGCAAUGAGCUCUUCGUCGGCCACGACUCCUCGUCUCUGACACGAAACCGGACAUUCAAGUCUCUCUAUGUCGAGCCCCUCGUAAAGAUCCUGAAGGGCCAGAACCCAGAAACCGAGUUUACAAAGGAGAUGCCGGAGGGCCGUAUCAACGGCGUGUACGACGUUGACCCGGGACAGACAUUGCAUCUGUUUGUUGACUUCAAGACGCCGGGGCUGUCGACGCUUCCUGUAGUGCUGUCACACCUUGAGCCGCUGCGGUCACCCGUAAAUUAUUUGACGCACUAUAACGGGAGCGACAUUGUCACUGGACCCGUGACCGUGCAUUUCACGGGAGAUGCUCCAUUCCAUGAGAUGGUGACCAGAAAUGCCACAUACCGUGACUACUUUUAUGAUGCACCGUUGGGAAAGUUAGCGGAUAGUGAUAUGUAUAAUUGGACGAACUCGCUGAUUGCAUCGGCGCCGUUUGGGAGGGAGGUAGGGAUGGUAUUAUGGGGAAGAGGAAUUAGUGACAGUCAGAAGGGGAAGGUGAGGGAACAAGUGGGAGCGGCACAUGAGAGGGGGAUUAUGGCGAGAUAUUGGGAUACACCCGGAUGGCCCGUUAGUGUGAGGGAUGCAGUUUGGGGCGUGUUGAUGGGUGAGGGGGUAGACCUAUUGAAUGCAGAUGAUUUGAAGGCUGCUGCUACGUUAAAUUGGUAA